AUGCCUAGUCCCGCUAAGAAGCGCAAGACAAAUGAUGCUGGACCUGUGCCUCAACGAGUUCGGGGAAUCAAAUCAUUCUUUCGACCUCAAAAUUCCCCACCGACGACAGCGACCAAUGCCGAAGCGCCCUCGUUGACUGACGAAGAACUCGCGCGUAAAUUGCAAGCAGAAUGGAAUGAAGAAGCUAGUUCAGGCCUCCAGAACCCUAGUGUAGCUAGAGAUUCUCUGGGUUCAGUUUCAAAGGAGGCCAAACUUGAAGAUCGAGAUCCUAAAUUUGGCCUAGAACCACAACCGCAACCUCUGUCGCCCACCGAUUUUACUAUAGAUAAGGCGAAAAGUGUACUGUCGCUACAAACCUCGUCUAAUGAUGAGGAUAUUAUUUCCCAAUCUAUACCCUUUGACCAAAGCCCACUUACCUUUGAUCCAUCUGACUACCUUGAUCAAUUACGGACACACUGGGAGGUUGACGGGGGACAAGCGCCAUAUGCCAUUCUGACCAGAACAUUCGUCCUUGUCAAUAACACCCAAAGCCGGAAUCAGAUCAUUGACAGCUUGGUCAACUUCUUGAGAGUGAUCAUAGAAGCCGACCCUGACAGCCUUGCUCCCGCCGUAUGGCUUGCAACAAAUGCGAUUGCGCCUCCCUACGUUCCUUUGGAGUUGGGGUUAGGCGGGUCUGCUAUAUCCAAGGCGCUUAAAAACGCAUAUGGAUUAAACAACCAAGGAUUGAAAAUUCUAUAUGACAAGCAUGGCGAUGCUGGGGAUGUCGCCUUCGAGGCUAAGAAGAGGCAAAAAUUUACUUUGAGGAAGCCAAAACCAUUAUCGAUAAGAGGGGUCUACGAAUCGCUCUUGAAAAUCUCCAAAAGCAAGGGCCCAGGAAGCCAGGAGACCAAGCAACGAAUAAUUGAGAAACUUCUCCAGGAUACAAGAGGCGCAGAGGAAAGCAGAUUUCUCGUGCGAACGCUUGUGCAACAUCUUCGCAUUGGAGCAGUAAGAACAACAAUGCUUAUUGCUCUUGCCAGAGCAUUCCUGUACUCGAGACCUGCCACGAGCAGUUUCACUGUUCAUCACCGAAGGGAUCUCGCAAAACUCAAAAAGGAGGAACUCACAGGUAUCUACAGUAGGGCAGAGGAAACUGUGAAAGCUUGUUUUGCUCGACACCCAAACUACGACGAUUUAGUACCAUGCCUUCUGGAGAUUGGAAUAUCAGAUGAACUUAUUGUAAGAUGUGGGCUCACUCUCCAUAUUCCACUAUGCCCAAUGUUGGGAAGCAUAACGAGGGAUCUUACCCAAAUGCUCACCAAGCUCCAAGGGAGAGCAUUCACUUGUGAGUACAAGUAUGACGGCCAGCGGGCUCAGGUCCACUGCGAUUCCUCAGGCACGGUGUCUAUCUUUUCCCGCCAUCUCGAGCUAAUGACGGACAAAUAUCCUGACUUGGUUGCUCUAAUCCCCAAAAUCCGGGGUGAAGGUGUGUCGAGUUUUAUUUUGGAAGGAGAAAUCGUCGCGGUAAACCAGGAAACUGGAGAAAUAUUGGCGUUUCAAACUCUUACCAACCGUGCUAAAAAGAAUGUGGGCAUCGAUAGUAUUAAAAUCAGCGUAUGCUUGUUUGCGUUUGAUCUCAUGUUUUUGAAUGGUGAACCGUUGCUGGAGAGACCACUUCGGGAGAGGCGAGAGCUACUACGAGGGCUAUUCAUCGAGGUUCCACAUCAUUUUACAUGGGUGAAAAAUAUCGACGUGACUUCGUCUGAUUCGGAAGCUGUGCUGAGCUUUUUCAAGGAUGCCACUGAUGCCAAAUGCGAAGGUCUCAUGGUUAAGCUGCUUGAUGACGAUGUUGUUAAACCCGACUUGUCCAAAGAAGAGUCAACUGCGGCACCGGCUUCCACUAGCAAGCUACCACCAACUCUUACCACUGUUGAGCCGAGUGGGAACGCCAAAAGCAGGGGUCGACGCUCACUUCUCUCUACUUAUGAACCUGAUAAACGACUUGAGUCGUGGCUCAAAGUGAAAAAAGACUACAGUGCAGCAUCUGAUACUCUGGACUUAAUUCCCAUAGCUGCUUGGCAUGGGCAAGGUCGGAAAGCCAAAUGGUGGUCUCCGAUCCUUCUUGCAGUUCGAAACCCAGAAACUGGCUUGCUGGAGGCUGUUACAAAGUGCAUAUCUGGAUUUACAGAUAAGUUCUAUCAAGCUAACAAGGAGAAAUAUGCCGAGGGGAGCGAUAAUAUAAUUACGAGACCAGCCUACGUGGAAUAUAGGAAUGAGCCGGAAGUAUGGUUUGAACCACAAGAGGUCUGGGAAGUGGCAUUCGCUGAUGUUACUCUCAGCCCUACCUACACAGCCGCGAUUGGCUUGGUUAGUGAAGAGCGCGGACUGAGCCUUCGCUUUCCGAGAUUUAUUAGGGUCCGCGAGGAUAAGGGAAUCGAAGAAGCAAGUAGCUCCGAGUAUCUUGCGAGUUUAUGGAGGAAACAAACGAAACGACUUCAGGAAGAAGGAGCACUAACCAAUCCGGAAGCAGAAAAUGACGACUUCGGCUCGGAGGACGCGGAGGAUGAAAGAACCAACAUUUUGCAAGGUUUGGAUUUUAGGGGUUGA